CUCUGCGUCGUUCAUGAUGAGAGCUAUGACAGUUUACCGACCUACUUAUGGAUUUCAGCACAUAUUGAGAUAUUUUAUAAUGUUCCAAAUAUGAAAUCACGCACCUUCUAUUUGACCUGAUAUGUGAAAUUCAGGAUUAACACUAUCAAUAGCUAUCAAUUGGAACUUUGCCAUAGUUGUGUUUUCGCGGGGGUACAAUAACUUGGGUGCAACCAGGAAGUUGCUGUAAAGAUUUCAGUAUUCGGUUUAGGCUUAAGUUUACGUCCACUUUAACGCUGGAGGAGGCGAUUGCCUUACUUGAGCUGUAUCUGGUUGUUAUGGUCAUUUCGUUCUCUUGGGCUGUUUAUUUUCUCUUCGUAUCUAAGCCAGGAAUGGGGAAAAAUUACAGAACUGACUGAACUGACACGAACCGCAGUUUUUCAAGAUGGUAAAAGGGAUGGAGCAGAUUGCCCUUUGAAGACGUAAAUAUGGACUUCUCGAAGUUUCUGGCGGAUGACUUUGACGUAAAGGAUUGGGUGAACGGUGCGUUCAAAGUGGCACAGAAAGAUGCGCCAGGAAAAGCGGACGCUCACGCGGCGACACUAGUCAUGAAGCUUCAGCUGUUUAUUCAGGAGGUUAAUAACUCCAUAGAAGAGAGUAGCAUCCAGGCGCUGCAGAACAUGCCACGCGUGCUGAGGGAUGUAGAAGCUCUGAAGCAAGAAGCUUCUUUCCUGAAGGACCAGAUGAUUAUGGUGAAAGAAGACAUCAGGAAAUUUGAACAGGACACAGUGCAGUCCAUGCAGGUGCUGGUAGAAAUCGACCAAGUAAAGUCCAGGAUGCAGUUAGCUGCUGAAGCCUUACAAGAAGCAGAUAAAUGGAGCACACUAAGUGCAGACAUUGAGGAAACCUUCAAGACACAGGACGUGGCUGUAAUCAGCAGUAAACUGGCAGCCAUGCAGGGCAGUCUGGCCAUGCUAGUGGACACUCCAGAUUACAGUGAGAAGUGUGUGCAACUGGAAGCUCUAAAGAACAGACUAGAGGCUCUUGCAAGCCCACAGAUCGUCUCCACCUUCAACACGCUCUCUACAGAUCAAGCAAAACUUUUUGUGCAAGUUUUCACUGAAAUGGACAGAAUGCCUCAGCUACUUGCUUACUACUAUAAAUGCCACAAGGUACAGUUGCUGAGUGUGUGGGAGAGUGUGUGUCAGUCUGACGUGCCGCUGAAACAGCAGCUCUCUGAGUUCUAUGACACACUCCUCUCAACUUGGUACUCACAGCUGCAGUGGUGCAGCCAGGUGUUUAAGAACCCCUAUGAGGUGGUGACAGUACUGCUGAUCCAAACCCUUGGUGCCAUGGUUCCAUCUAUUCCAGAAAGCAUUGCAGCAGUGCUGGGGGGUUGCCCGGUGGAAAGCCGUCUGGACAUGCUCCUGGAGCUCCACCAGACAGCAGUAAACCUGAGCCGCAGCCUCGAGACAGCCAUGCAGCCUCAUCUCGGUGAGUGUAACCUGCUGAAGGUGUUUGAGCUGGUGUCCUCUGUGUAUUCACCGUAUAAGAGUUAUCAGACGCAGUAUGGAGACCUUGAGGAGACAAAUCUCCUGAUUCAACUCAGUGCUGUCCCGCUGGAGCGUGGGGAGGUGUUGGACUGUGUGUUGGAGCUCACACACUCAGUGCAGAAGGUGUUUGGCCUGGCAGCGGCUGCAGUAGAUCGGUGUGUGAAGCUCACAGAUGGCCUCGGAAUGCGUGGCCUCAUCAAAGCACUGCGGGCUCUGUUCAGCAAAUAUGUGUCAGAUUUCUCUGUCACGCUUCAGUCAAUCAGGAAGAAGUGUAAGCUAGAGGACAUGCCCACCUCUGAGGUUUUUACUGAUGACUGGACGGCUUUCCAGAAUUCUGUGAGAAUUAUCGCAACCUGUGGGGAGCUUCUCAGACAUUGUGGAGCUUUUGAGCAGCAGCUAUCAAACAAGAUUCUAGGAAAGGCAGGGCGUUUUCUGUGGGAGGGAUUUAAUCCACGUAGCCUGAGUGGUCUGCAGGAGGGUGGGGCUGAGAGGCGGAGCCAGAAGAAUCCAUGGCAGGAGUAUAACUAUCUACAGCAGAGCAGCACAGCAGAUUACAAUAACCUGCUGGAAACAUUGCACACCCUCAAGGAGAAAGGCACUGGUCACUCCAGCCUGCUAUCUGACACUCGCUCUGCUCUGACUCGUCUGAAUCAGCAGGCCACCCAACUUGCCUUUGAUUCUGUGUUCCUGCAGAUCAAACACCAGCUCUGCCUUGUCAACAAGCCAGAGGGACGUUGUUCUACUGGUCUGCGUGAAACACUCACUGAGGAUCUACCAACCUUCAGUCUUUCACCACAGGAGUACAUUACUAAUAUUGGGCAGUAUAUCAUGUCUCUGCCACUGCAUUUGGAGCCAUUUGUGACUCAGGAGGAUCCAGCACUGGAACUGGCCUUGCGCACAGGCAAACUACCCUACCCUCCAGAACAAGGUGAUGAUGUUCCAGAGUUGGAGAACACUGCAGAUUACUGGCUGGGAUCUAUUGCCAGAGCAACCAUGCAGACCUACUGUGAUGUCAUUCUGCAGAUUCCCGAACUGAGUCCUCACGCAACUAAACAGCUGGCUACUGACAUCGACUACCUGAGUAACGUGAUGGAUGCGUUGGGGCUGCAAACAACCAGAACCCUCCAGAACAUUGCUGUGCUCCUCCGCGCCAAACCUGAGGACUAUCGACAGGCUGCCAAGCCCCUCCCCCGGCGGCUCUCAUCUUCCAUCGCUGCCAUGCGAGGGUUGGACUGCUAGUGGAUUCAUUGGAAAUGGGGAACGUCGAGGGCUUUCUGUCCUCAUUUCGCUGUCUGUUGUGCUCUGUUGUCCCCUCGCUGGCAUCUGCACCUUACCAAAAAACCGCUAACCCUUCUGAGGAUGGCAGUUGAUAUGCAAAGUCCACUGCACAUGGAUGUGGUUUAUUAUUAGGGGCUUGUGGUCAUUGGGGAGAAGUGUUAGUGUGGUAACCAUCGUGGCUUAAUGUAAAAAUCAGAGGUUUUGAGUUUUUUCCAGGUGAGCUUGUUGGGAGCUUUUUCAUGCACAGAACACUACACUAGUGCUGUACUUUCUAUGUCCCUUUUGUUUGACUGUUUCCAUGGUUCCUUUUUCUUCAUGUUUGUUAACAAAAAAUAAACAGUCAAACAAA